AUGUCGGGAUCAGCUAUGGAGCUCGAUGAGGAGCCGGAUGCGCCAAUAGCGGAGGAAGAAGAGGUUGGAGAGGAUAUCGAAGUGGGAAAUCCAGAUGCUGAUGGUGAACCCGACGAUUCUGACCAGGACGCAGAGGGCGAGGUCGACGAAGAGAACGAGGACGACGAGGAUGGAGAAUUUGUGGGUGCUGUUAAGACCCGAUCGGUGCGACCACGAAGGCGGAAGGCUUCUGGAGAGGAGUCGGACGCCGAAGUUGAAGUUGAAGACGAAGACGACUCCGAAGCUGACACCUCGCCUGGUGGCGAAGAGGACUGGGAAGCUGCCGACGAUGUGGAAGAAGACGACCUGAAAGUCGGCAACGCGGAUGCUAGUCGCUGCGUAUUCUGCAAGCAGACCGAAGAAGAAGACCCAGGUGAAGAAUACGAAGAUUAUCUCGCAUGUCGUGUGUGCGGUGACAAUGCCCACCGGCAAUGUGCCAGAGAUGCAGACACGCUAGCUGCCGACGAAGAUGCAGAGCACUGGCGAUGCCAAGAUUGCGUCGCAAAUGGCCUGGAGGAAGACUUCAAGGAUGUACCACACAUGCUGGAGAACCGUCGACGUUCUUCGGCACCCAAGAUGGCGAGGGACUUACUGCCAGCUGCUCGAGGCGGCAUAAAGCCAGGAUCUCAUUCUGUGUUCAACACUCUGAUCCUCCCGGAAGAUCUUCAGGACGGCUCGAGAUCACUUAGAAAGCGAAAGACGCCCUCGGAAGAUAUCGACGAGCCUCCGCGAGCUGCAGUUAGGAAACGAAUGCGGGCUACUCCCGAUGACGACGAAGAAGCGCCUACUAUUGUCGAAGAGCCUAUUGAGACCAAUGGAGAUGCCGAAAAUGAGCAACCGGACUCACCGCAGUCACGACCCUUACGACCUCAUCGACAUACCAAGGCUCAAAGUGUAGGUGCCAGGAUCAUAUCACGAUCUGAGGACCCUAAGAGUGCCAUUAUCGCCAUCCCCGUCAGUAUCGCUCAGUGGGACCAGAUCGAGAAGGACGUUCAGAAGAAACAGAAACGUCGCGAACGUGAUCGACAAAGACGGCUACGCAACAAUCAAAGCCGUCGUACAGCCACUGCAGAACCUGAAGAGCUAACACACUUUCCUGCUGUCCAGACAGACAUGUACAACAACCCAUUCUUCCCUUUCCAGGACAAGGAAGUAGAUGAGAACAAGGGCAGACCUUAUGGCGGUAUCUUGACAGAUGCGGAGGCUGAUACGACUCGCACUUAUCCACAAGAUGCUGACAGAGAAGCGUUUCAGAAUGCUCGUGACAAGGCAGAGCAGGAGUGGAGAGAGAAGCUCGCGAGGCAACCUGGAGAGACUCCUGCACGAUCCAAGCAGUCAAAUGCUGCCAGUAAGAUCAAGUGCAUCAACUUCGGCCAGUACGAGAUCGACACCUGGCACGCCGCACCUUAUCCUGAGGAGUACAGCCGCAACAAGCACCUCUACAUCUGCGAGUUCUGCCUAAAGUACAUGAGCUCCGACUACGUGGCGUGGCGUCACAAGCUCAAAUGCUCAGCCAAACACCCCCCUGGCGACGAGAUCUACCGUCAGAACAUCAGGAACCCAGAGACUGGCGCAGAGACCACGCUGUCUUUCUUCGAAGUCGAUGGCCGCCGCAACCCACUCUACUGCCAGAAUCUGUGUUUGCUAGCGAAGCUGUUCCUCGGAUCGAAGACGCUCUACUACGAUGUAGAGCCUUUCCUGUUCUACAUCAUGACUGAGAACGAUGAGUUCGGGUGUCAUUUUGUGGGAUACUUCUCCAAGGAGAAACGUGGCUGUGGGCCUCCAGCUCCCGUCGAUGCCCGCACAUCCUUCGAGGAUGCCCAGGACUCGCAUGCUAAUAGCGGCACCGAUGCAGACUUGACAGACACCGCUGCCGAUCCUGCUCUCAGUAAUCCUGGGAAUAAUGUGUCGUGCAUCCUGGUACUGCCGGUCCACAUGCGAAGAGGCUUCGGAAAGGUACUCAUCGAGUUCUCGUACAUGUUGACAAAGGUCGAAGGUAGGACCGGGUCACCUGAGAAGCCUCUCUCGGACAUGGGCCUCGUUUCCUAUCGGUCAUACUGGCGCGAGGUCAUCUGCAAACUUCUGUUGACUUACGAAGGUAAAGAAUCCACGACCAACGACAGCAGGCCCCUGUCAAUUGUACGGAUAGCAAAGACUACCGGAAUGACGCCUGAUGAUAUCGUCUCUACCUUAGAGGCCCUUCGCUUCUUGGUGCGAGAUCCUGUCACCAAGACUUACGCGCUUCGUCUGGACUACGAUUAUAUGAAGGAGUACGUGGAGAAGCAUGAGAAGAAAGCAACCAUCAAGCUUGACCCUGCGAAUCUGGUCUGGACGCCAUAUGUCAUGGGACGACCGACAAAUCUUUUUGCGAUGGGAGAGGAGACUAAUCAGCCCCUGCAAACCGUCGCAGCGAGAGAAGAGCCUAUUGAGGUGCCAGACCAGCCACAAGAAGGAGUCCUGCAGGCUCUCAAGGCACCGGACCUUGCCAAAUCGCACAAAGACAGCAAGGGCGAUGCUAAUGUCACAACCACCGCACCUGAUGUCGCAAUGGGAAAGACCACAGAGGAGCAGCCGCAAGCACAACUCAAUGGGUCCUCGCCGAAGUCACGCAAGAAGACUCCACCUCCCCUUACAUUGACACCUCAACCUUCGAAGUCCGAACGACCACCGACAAAGGGAUCGCCAAGUCGACGCUCGCCCCGCAAGACUCCAAAUGGCAGCGUACAGUUCAUCGAGUCCGGCGAAGCCAGCCCGGCGUCAUUCUACUCCGGAUCACAGCCUGUAUCCGCGGGACCCAUCCCACCCACCCGCUUCGAAGUCUUCCCACCUGUACCUGGAGCGCCACCUGCGGCUAAGAGACGACCCGGUCGACCAUUUGGCACAAGACGUAGUGGUAAUCGAACUGGCUCGACUCAACGUCGAUCACGAACGGGCAGCAGUCGCCGAAAUCAUAAAAAUAAUCAAAGUCCGAGUCAUGGCGCAUCGUCUGCAAGCGCUUUGCGCAGGACGCGAAGCACACUUGGCGAAGUCGCAAUGGCUGCUACAGAUGCUGAUGAAGACGACCCUGGUGGUGCGGGCGCUGCUGUGGAGGCGGCACAGGAAGACGCCGACGCCGAUGUUAAUGUGGGUCUUGAUGAGGAUCAGGAGCUGGACAAUGACCAUGACCAGGACGAUAAAGCCGAUGCAGAUCAUGAAGAGGAUGAGGAUGCCCCUGGUGAGGAAGACGACGAGGAGAUUCAGUAUGAGUGA